UGGCGAAAGGAAAGGCUACGAAAACGUGGACUCAAGGCCAGAAAGCCAUUACAUCCUUCUUUGGUGGGGGAAAGAAGGAGCCAGAAGAGCCUCCAGACUCAGACACAGUCGCUGAGGCGACAACCGACGGCGAUGACGAUCAAUCUAUGGCUGAGGGCCAGUCUUCCGACGUCGACGUCGACAUAAACGCGUCAAAGAAAAGGAGCAAGAAAGAGGUCAAGUCUAACGCGCCAGAAAUUUCCAAUCUUCCCCCCAUUAACGAUAUUCCUACCAUUUUCGACGACCUCGUUAGCCGGAUACCUGACAUCAAGCAGGUUACUGAACACGUCGGGGGUCGAAAACUACGUGUUGCGACCAUGUGUUCCGGGACGGAGUCUCCUCUUCUCGCUCUGGAGCUUAUUCAGAAGGCUAUUUUUGAGCAACAUGGAUUGAAAUUCGAGGUAGAACACGUGUUCUCCUGCGAAAUCGAGCCGUUCAAGCAGGCUUAUAUCGAACGGAACUUCCACCCCCCAGUUCUUUUCCGGGAUGUUUGCGAGUUGGGUGAUGGAGAAGCGCAUACUGCCUAUGGUGCUUUGGUUCCAGUUCCCGGCGAUGUCGACAUGCUAGUUGCCGGCACGUCGUGCGUCGAUUAUUCCAACCUGAACACCCAGAAGCAAGACAUUGACGCCAAGGGAGAGUCUGGUCAAACCUUCCGUGGCAUGAUGUCGUGGGUUAAGCAACACCGACCUCCAAUCGUUAUCCUCGAGAACGUGUGCUCAGCGCCAUGGGACAAGGUUCAAACUUAUUUCGAGAAGAGUGGGUACAGUGCCGCGUACGCAAGGGUCGACACAAAGACGUACUACAUUCCUCACACACGGACCCGAGUCUACCUCAUCGCGGUCAACAAGAAGAACUCCAGCAUCCCCGAUGCGUGGAAGGAUUUGGUAACAUCGAAGCUCAAACGCCCCGCAUCUUCGACCCUUGAUGCUUUUCUGUUGCCAUCCGAUGACCCUCGUAUUCAUACCGCCCGUCAAAAGUUGGUUCAAGAGAGCUAUGGUGCACUGGACAGGAAGACAGGCAGGACUGACUGGGGUCGAUGUGGAUUCUGUAAGCUGCCCGACUUCGCGUGGAAUGAUUGGGGUGUCGGCCAAGUUGAGCGAGUAUGGGACUUGAUGGACAUUAGUCUUCUGCGCUCAGCAGUGAAGGGAGUUGAUCCUAACUAUAAAACGGUGGUCUGGAACCUCUCGCAAAAUGUCGAUCGAACAAUCGGUUCGAACAAGGUCGGCAUUUGCCCCUGCCUAACGCCCUCAAUGAUACCCUAUAUCACCAAUCGUGGUGGUCCGAUGGUCGGUCUCGAAGCUUUGUCGAUGCAAGGCCUUCCAGUCGACAAGCUCCUUCUCACACGUGAAACGGAGGACCAGCUAGCGGACUUAGCAGGAAAUGCAAUGUCAACGACCGUCGUUGGAGCUUGCAUGUUAGCUGCUCUCGUUGCGGGCAAGAAGCUGUUGAAAGCUGGAGAUGAUUCGGAAACCUAUGAAGACAAGAAUGGCGGCUUGGUGCCCCAAGUUGAAUCCGAAACCAUGGACGUCGACGUCCCAACUUCUGCCGACACUGAGGGUAGCGUCGUAGGAGAAGAAAACCUUGUCCAGAAACCUUUGGAUCUUUCGAUUACGCACGCAUGCUCUUUCUCGGAGCUGCUCUCGCAGGCGGACAAAAGUAAGAGACUUUGUUCGUGUGAGGGUCGAGUGGACAUGACCACGCGACCCCUUUUCAGCUGCGUUGACUGCGGCAGCUCCUUCUGCAAGAGGUGCGGCGGGCGACCAGAGCACAAUCCCGUUCCGAUCGAUACGACGACAUCUCCUCGCGUUCACCCCUCCGAGUUUGCCAAGCUGCUCAAAUCAACACUUCCAAUGUGCAUCACACUUACAAAUGUCACGGAGGAGCUUUUAGAGGGUCUACGGCAGGACGACGAAACAGGCGUUGCAACGUCCCUUUGGAAGAGUUGGAUGGCGGCUGUCUUGCGAGCCACGGAGUCAGAGCUCUGCUUUGUUGAGUUGAAACGACAAGAAAUCUGGAGUGUGGUCUACCGAUCGCCUGCAGGUCUCUUGGAACUGUCUCUUCACCCCCAACAACCAGAAUGGCGUUUAUAUGCGCAUCCCGAUGCUAACGAGCCUGCCAAUGCCGAGAUUCGUCAAAUCCUCCAAUCUCCGGUUGGCCGUCUUGCAUGUGCAGACGACCUUCUGAAAGGUCGUUGGCAGUUCGCACUUCCAUCCACAGCUGCCAUUCCCAUCAAGAUUCAAGGAGUCGGUGAGCUGGUGCCAUCCUGGGAGGCUCGACUUGGCCUCGUCGGAGAGAAAUUCAAAUCUAAGAUGGUUUAUCCGCAACUCAGGAUCCAGGUUGGCAGCGGGGACGUCGAGAAAUUGGAUCGCGAUAUUUCAGGCGUCUACACCCUCCUUGACAAGUGCGGCACUGCGAACGGUGCCCUUCAUAAGCUAGAAUCGGAAGCCAUCGAUCUACCUCCUCUCUUCAUGCUCUUCGACCCUCAUCGCACGAACGAUUUGAAAGACCGCUUCGUCUUCUCCAUCAGCACCCUCAGGCUGGAAUAUGGAGAAUGUCGCCCAGUAAUCUGCCAACUUGAUCCCAAAUGGCGGCAAUCCAGUAAAGAGGAGGAGGAGACGGUGUCCUGCUAUCUUCCCUUCAAGUGGGUCGAAUCGAAAUCAGUUUCCAUUGAGGCAUCCACGGGACAGAAUGCGAAGUACGCUGUUCCUGCCCACGGUUUGGAAAUCCCGGCUUCAAAAGGAGCUUGUCGUAACGCCUACGCGCUGCUGACAUGCAAAGUCUCCCUUCGAGGACAAGCUGGACCAGAAUGGUCACGCGGAAAGUGGCUUGAAGUCGACAAGAUUCAUGAGCGCGGCACCUUUAAAUCGCUGGCCUGGCUUUUGGAACGUAUUCGCCAGGUCGACGACAGCUUGCGCGACUGGCAGGAAGUCGACACUCCAGAAAGCCACUUGAACUGCGAAAGAUGCGCUCCAACAGCGCCAGAGCUUCAUUGGGUGUUUCGAAAUAAGAAGUUUGUGGCUGUCGAAGAUCCAGUCCAGGCAGGAGAAUACGAGCGUCGUUUAAAGAGUCGCCCUAGUCCCUUCGUCACUCAAUUGAAACUCGCCGAUGAUGGGACAGGUUUCGUCAGAGUCGGCAUCAACAUACCAUCUCUUCUUCACCGUGCCGUCUCUCGUCUACCCACCAAGAAUCGCACGGAGAAGGUUGCGUUGUCUGGGCGAUUGGAUACUAACUUCACGCCAGCUGCUACCCAAAACCUGCCGAAGUUUGUCAUUCUCAGCAACAAACGCGAUAAGGAGCACGACCAACCCCCCAACUUCAAAAUUCCUCUGCGGACGGAGCAACUUCGCUCAUUAGAAUGGAUGAUCCACCAGGAAUCAAUGGAAGCCCCGCCAUUCAUCGAGGAGGAGAUUUCUGAAGCAAUUCUCGACCCGCUUGGCUGGAGAGCAGAAGGGAGGGCGCAACGUCCGAAGUUCGUUAGAGGCGGUGUCCUCGCCGAUCAAGUUGGAUAUGGCAAGACUGCGAUUACCUUGGGCUUGAUUGAUUGCACGUCAAAGAACGUUGAUAAGGAGUUCUCCAAGAAGGGCCAGAUACCCGGCAAGAUCAACGUCAAAGCCACGCUCAUCAUCGUUCCACCACAUCUCACUCGACAAUGGGAUUCUGAAGUCAAGAAGUUCACGAGAAACAAGUUCAAGGUCGUCGUUAUCUCCACUGUUGCUAAUCUCAACCUCGUCAAGAUCGAGGAUAUCCAAAAAGCGGACAUUGUCAUCGUCGCUUCCAAUAUCUUCAAGAGUAGCGUUUAUCUCGACAAUCUUCAAACCCUUGCCGGCGGAGGAGAUCUCCCUUCCAAAGAUGGACGUCAUUUCAUUGCUCAACUGGAGAAGAAUCUGGCGGCGCUUAAGGAUCAGGUCGAACGCCUGCAGGAGGAAGGGUCUCUCUCUGUGUUGAACGAGAUAAAGGAAUCCCAGAAGAGAUGGCAAGAGGAGGCCGCCGCUGCUGCCGCUCUCAUUGCCUCCAAGAGAUUAAAGGGUAAGUCCUAUCGUGAGGCAGCUGAAGCCAAGGAGAAGAAUCGCGAGAAGGAAGAAAAGCCCAAGGCAAAAGCAGCAGCCCCAUUGAAAAAAGAGACUCCAGAGCCGGUCGCCUCAGCAAGACCUGCCGCCAGUCGAACGCCUUCGGGUCUCAUUAUGGAGGUCGUGAUCCCGGUCUCUUCGAAAGAAGAAGCUGACAGGAAUAACACCAGUUCUGUAAUGUCUUCUCCUGCUUGCGAUGUAGAUGCCGAGUCUGAGGGUAGCAAUUGGCGCAAGCGAAAACGCCGCGCCGCUGCGAAGAAUAUCAUCAUCAUUUCUGACGACGAAGAUUCGCCCAGUGAAGUCACGGGCGAUGGUGAAGCUACUUCGACGAAGAGCUCAAGAGCAUCGGCGGCAAGUUCGCGAAAGCGGCCCAGGAUCACGAAGCGCGAUUCACCAUCCUCUGACUAUCAGGGAAGUUCGGAAGAAGAACAAGAAAGCGAAGACUCUGACGUUCACAUGGAAUCCAACUCCGACAAAGACGAUUCCGUUGAGGAAGAGAGUGACGACGAACCGAGGAGUAAGAAGACAAAGGGCAAAAGCAAGGCGAAACCAAAGCCGAUUCCCAAGCCCAAGACAAAGCCCAAAGCCAAGGGUCGCAGUAAAGCGUCGAAGAAGGCUGAAGAAUCGGAGGAAACGGGUAACGACGACAUGGACGUUGACGAACCAUCGACCAAAGGGGGGAAGAAGAAAGCCACCAAGCGCAAGGCUGCCGGCAACGAUGAACGGCCCGCGAAGAAAGCUAAACGUGCGGAUAACGACCCUUGGAAACUCGGAUCUAAGCCUGUUCAAAUGGACUGGGUGGACAUGCAAGCUCCACCUUUUGAGAUGUUCCAUUUCUCUCGUGUCGUAGUCGAUGAGUACACCUAUCUCGACGGCAAGAUCCAUGCUCUCGUCACCCAUUUGACAUCCGAUCGUCAAUGGGUACUCUCCGGUACGCCUCCGAUCCACGACUUCGCCGCUCUCAAAACGAUUGCAGCCUUCUUGGAUAUCCAUCUCGGUGUUGACGACGACGGUGAGGGCCAGUCUGCUGAAGUCAGAAAGCGAUUCAAAGAGAAGACUGGUGUCGAACGAUUCCACUCCUUCCGAGAGGUCCACAGUCCCGAAUGGCACGCUCAUCGACACCAAAUCGGCCAGGCAUUCUUGGACCAAUUCGUUCGUCAGAACAUCGCUGAGAUCGACGAGAUUCCUUGGGUUGAGAAGAUUCAAAGCAUAACCUUGCCCGCAGCUGAGCGGGCGAUCUAUCUCGAGCUGGAGCAUCAUCUCAGGUCGCUUGAUAUGACGAUCAAACGUGGCAAGAAGACGGAGAGCGAUCGCGAAAAGCGUCUUGCUCAGUCAUUAGGUGAAAGCAAGUCUGCAGAAGAGGCGCUGCUUAAGCGUUGCUCGCACUUCGACCUCGAGACUUCAGAAGACAAUGCCAUGAAGGCCUGCGACGUUAUCGUCCGCGAACGUCAGAAGCAACUCGAUGCUUGCAAAGCUGAACUUCUGAAGGCAAUCAAGGAAGGCGUCAAGCGAGAAAAGGCCCUCGGAAACGUUGGUCAAGAAUCUAUGUUCACCGAAUAUGUCCGCGUCUCCAGAACAGAGGGUGUCGACGACAAAGAAUCUACCGACGUGGUCGUCACUCUGCUCGACGAGGCUGGUGCUGGUAUGCCUAAGGCGAAGACCAAGUCGCAGGACGUCCACCUAUCGGAGAAGACCAAGGCGGCGGUCUGGGACCAUCGCGAGAAGACACACGAAAUUCGCCGCAUAACGAAGGAACUUGUAGGCCGUGUCCGCUCUCUGCGUUAUUUCAGCGUCGUCCGCGAUCUACAGAAGCAGACCGCCGCUCCUUUGCAGGUCUCCUGCCCUGAAUGCAAGAGGGAGAAGAUUCCUAUCAAUGAGGUCGCGGUGCUUUCUUCCUGCGGUCACACGGGGUGCUUGAAUUGCGUCAGGACUUGUGCGGAGAAGGAGGAAUGCGUGUAUGCGGCGUUGGGUCAGUGCAAAUCCGCCGCCCGUGUUCUCAACGUCGUGAAAGGCGAUACACUCGGUGUUGAUGACGAGGCACGAAAAGGCAAAGAUCGCCAUUUCGGAAUGAAGCUUGAGAAAGUCGUCAACCUGAUCAAGAAACAAAUUCCGCAGGAAGAACGCGUGCUGGUGUUCGUUCAGUUCCCUGACUUGAUGAAGAAAGUCACGGAAGCCUUCAAGGAGCAUCGUAUCAAGUUCCUGGAAAUCAAAGGUUCCGCUUCCGCGAAGAGCAAGAACUUGGAGCAGUUCCAGAACGACAGCGAGGAGCGUGUCCUGCUCUUGAAUGUCAUGGACGAGAGUGCCAGCGGCGCCAACCUGACGUCAGCCAACCACGCCAUCUUCCUUUCUCCUUUGCUAGCCCCAUCCCAGGAGAUCUACACGGCUUGCGAGACUCAGGCGGUUGGUCGUUUAGUGCGAUAUGGGCAGACAAAGCAUGUCACUGUGUGGCGGUUCCUGACGAAGGACACCAUCGACGAAGAGAUCUACGAACAAAGGCACAAGGCCAUGGUCCAUGCCCAUUAGA